CUCAAAUAAAUUAAAUUAAUAAAUCAAUAAAUUGACUUUAAAACGAAUUAAUAAAAUAAAUUAGAAAAAACCUAAUUAAACUAUUAAUAACAGAACUCAUGGCACACAAUAACUCCAAUUUACCAACGGAACCUGAUAUAAUUCUCUCCCCCAUAGAAAAAAGCAACAGAAGUUCGCGAGAGAAACAUGGUACUCUGCAAAGCAGUACUAAUUUCCACACAACAAAUAAAAACACCGUUGAAAGAAAUACAACUAAGGUUUCCCAUGAGAAACAAUACUCAUAUUUCAAAUUAUUUAAGUAUUCAACGACUUUUGAACGUUUCUUGCUAGUUGCAGCCACAAUAUGCGCUUCAAUCGCAUCAGUAUGUGUAUCAUACUGUUUAGUAAUAUAUGGAGAAUUCACAUCAUUAUUAAUAGAUCGUUCAGUCGGAAUUGGUUCUUCCUCUCCUACCAUUUUUCUGCAAGCUUUUGGAGGCGGUAUUAAAUUAACAAAUGCCACCAGAGAAGAAAAUUUACAAGCCAUUCGAGAUGAUGCUUUAGCAUUUGGAAUAGGUAGCUUGGCUGGAGCCCUAUUACAAUGGUUGCUUCUAGCUGUUGCAGUUGAUCUCUUCAAUCAUGUAGCUUUGAAACAAAUCACGAAAAUACGUAAACUCUUUUUGGAAGCAAUACUCCGUCAAGAUAUGUCUUGGUAUGACACAAGCUCGGGAAACAAUUUUGCAAGUAAAUUAACAGAAGAUCUGGAUAAGAUGAGAGAAGGCAUGGGAGAGAAGAUUGUUAUUUUUAUUUUUUUAAUUAUGAAUUUUUUUAGUGGAAUUAUUACUUCUUUCUUCUAUGGCUGGGAGAUGACUUUGGUAGUUUUAAGUUGCAGUCCUCUUCUUAUAAUCUCCACAGUUAUGGUCACCAUAAUUCAAAGUUCUCUAACUAAAAAGGAAAUAAAAUCAUAUUCCGCAGCUGGAAACGUAGCUGAGGAAGUAUUUUCCAGUGUUCGUACUGUACUCGCUUUUAGUGGUGAACAAAAAGAAACUCAACGGUUUAGUAAAUUACUUAUUCCUGCUGAGAUCAUCGGACGUAAAAAGGGUCUCUAUUCUGGUAUGAGUGCAGGAAUAAUGUGGCUUAACAUUCAUUGCUGUUACGCUCUUUCUAUGUGGUAUGGGGUGAAACUUAUACUUGCUGAACGUGAUGAAGAGUUUAGAAACUACACUCCUGGUGUUUUGAUAAUUAUUCUUUUUAACAUAUUAGUAGGUUCUCGAUAUUUUGGCUUCGCAUUGCCACAUUUAGAGACAUUCAGUACAGCGAAAGGAGCUGCACAAAAUAUUUUUUCAACUAUACAACGUAAAUCAGCUAUAGAUUUUUUAGACGAAAGUGGUUUAAAACCUUUCAAUGUCGUUGGAAAUAUUUCUUUUAAUCAAAUUCGUUUCCAUUAUCCCGCACGUCAAGAUGUGGAGGUUCUGCAAAGCUUUUCAUUAGACAUUAAAGCUGGUCAAACUGUUGCAUUGGUUGGAGCUUCGGGCUGUGGUAAAUCAACCAUAUUACAAUUAAUACAACGUUUUUAUGAUCCUCUAAGUGGAACAGUUCAAUUAGAUGGUAUAAAUAUAAAAGAUUUAAAUGUGAGUUGGUUACGCUCCCAAAUUGGUGUGGUUGGUCAAGAACCUGUUCUAUUUGCAACAACCAUAGAGGAGAAUAUUCGUUAUGGUACUGUAUCCGCAAGCGUAGAAGAUAUACAGAAAGCUGCACGUAUGGCAAAUUGUCAUGAUUUUAUAAGUAAAUUACCAAAUGGUUAUGACACAUUGGUAGGAGAGAGAGGUGCUCAAAUGUCCGGUGGACAGAAACAACGUAUUGCUAUUGCACGUGCUCUUGUACGUAAUCCAAAAAUUUUACUUCUAGAUGAAGCCACUUCUGCAUUAGACUCCACAUCUGAAGAACGAGUCCAGUAUGCUUUAAAAGCUGCUAGUAAAGAUCGAACCACAUUAAUAGUAUCACAUCGAUUAUCUACAAUAACUAAUGCCGAUCUAAUUGUGUUUGUUAAAGAUGGUGCAGUUGUUGAACAGGGAACGCAUGAAGAACUAAUGGAAAAGAAAGGAUAUUACUUUCAACUUGUAAAUAUAACUAAACGACAAGAAGAACUGGAAACAGAUUCAAAUAAUCUUAAUAUGACUCAUUCAAAUUUUGGAAAACAUUUAGUUGACGGAGAAGACUCUGAAAAUGAGGAUUGUUUGAAUAAAGAAUUACCAGAAAAUGUCACAUUGGCAAUAAAAAAGGAGUCAAAAUUCAAACCGAAAUCGGUUGAAAAGUGCAAAGUGUCCUUUAAACAAAUACUAAAACUGAAUACACCGGAAUGGCGUUUUCUACUAACCGGCAGUGUAGCUGCAAUUGUGCAUGGAGCUACGUUUCCAUGUUGGGCUUUAUUUUUCGGUGAAUUUUUCGGAAUUAUGUCCAAAGAUUCGGAUUCUGUACAAUACCACAUUAUUCAACUAUCAUAUAAAUUCAUUACGCUUGGCAUAAUUGCGGGUCUAGGAAUAUUAAUACAAAAUUACAUGCUCAAUAUAGCAGGAGUAAAGAUGACAUCUCGUCUUCGUAAAACCGCUUUCAAAGCAAUUAUUAGUCAAGAAACUGCAUACUUCGAUGACAAAAAGAAUUCUGUGGGCGCAUUGUGUGCUCGAUUAGCAAGUGAUUGCUCAACCAUACAAGGUGCUACUGGAGCAAGAAUUGGAAUGAUUGUUCAGGCACUAUCAACACUUGCUUUUAGUAUUAUAGCAUCCUUCCUUCAUUCAUGGAACCUAACUUUAGUUACAAUCUUCACCGUACCUUUUGUAUGUUUAUCAGUAUUUUUUGAGUCACGUUUCAUGGAAUCUUAUGUGCUUGCGGAAAAACUUGCCAUCGAGAAUGCUUCACAAACAGCUGUGGAAGCUAUUUCAAAUAUACGUACUGUAGCAAGUUUGGGAUUAGAGACAAAUAUUCUGAAUUGUUACAAUGAAGAAAUUGAUAAUGCUGGUGUCAUUUGUCGCAAAAAGGUUAGAUUUCGAGGAACUGUAUUUGGCAUGGGACAAGCAACACCAUAUUUAGCAUUUGGAGUAUCAUUAUAUUAUGGAGGUUUGUUAGUGGCUAAUGAGGGUUUACAAUACGAAAAUAUUAUAAAAGUAACAGAAGCUUUAGUAUUCGGUUCAUGGAUGUUGGGAUAUGCUUUGGCAUAUGCACCAAAUGUAAGUGCAGCUUUACUAUCUGCAAAAAUACUAUUAAAACUAUUCAAUAGAGUGCCGUCAAUAGUAAAAAACCGAACUUUAAACGCAACUGAGAAAACAGAUGGUGAUAUUACAUACAAAGACAUUAACUUUCAAUAUCCAACAAGAAAAGAUGUACAAAUAUUACAAAAUCUCAACUUGGAUAUUAAACGUGGUACCACAGUAGCAUUAGUAGGACCUUCUGGAUCUGGUAAAUCGACAUGCGUACAACUUUUACUUCGUUAUUAUGAUCCAAAUAGUGGUUCAAUCAAUAUAAAUGGUAUACCAACUACAGACUUUUCAAUGGAUACUUUGCGUUCAAGUUUAGGUCUAGUAUCACAAGAACCUGUAUUAUUCGAUCGAACAAUUGCAGAAAAUAUUGCUUAUGGAAAUAACUUCCGUGAUGAUAUUCCUAUGGCUGAGAUAAUGGAAGCUGCGAGGAAAGCGAAUAUACAUAAUUUCAUUGUUUCCUUACCUCAAGGUUAUAGCACUUCCUUGGGCAGUAAAGGCACACAAUUAUCUGGUGGUCAAAAACAACGAAUUGCCAUUGCAAGAGCUUUAUUAAGAAAUCCAAAUAUACUUAUUUUGGAUGAAGCCACUUCUGCUUUAGAUUUGGAAAGUGAAAGAAUUGUUCAGGAAGCUUUGGAUGCUGCACGCAGUGGUAGGACUUGUAUAACAAUAGCACAUCGUCUGACAACAAUACGAGAUGCAAACAUGAUAUAUGUUUUAAAGGGAGGACUCGUUGUAGAAAAAGGAACACAUGAUGAACUUAUGCUGCUCAAUGGUGUCUAUGCCAAACUUUAUAUAAUGCAACAGAUCUCAUAGUGUGUAUAUUUGUAAUGCUAUGUGUAAUAAAUAUAAAUUUAAAUUUUUUAAGCGUU